UCGUGCUUCAAUUAUCUUUAACAAUUAUUGGAUAAUUCCCAAAUUAAAUUCAUAACGGGCAAAAUUCCAAGAAUGAAAAAUAAUUUCACGUACUAAAAUCUUCGGUGCCAUGAAUGCUUUUGAUAUUCUUCACUCGAAAUACGUUGGUGCACGUAUUCUUCUAUAGAAAAUUUCCUAUACUUAAAUGAAUCUAAGAUUUCAAACGUCUCCGAUGCCUAAAUUACAGUUAGGAAAACAUUAUGCAAAUUAUCAAAGCACGAAUGGCAGAAUCAUUUACAGAUAUGGAAUUGCAAAAUAUGUCUCCGAUAGCUGUUUUAGCGCAUGCCCAGAUAUACUUAAAUAAAUGGACCGAAAGGUGUGGGUGGACGAAUCUAGAGUGGGUGACUCUCGAGUCAAGAUGUUAGAAGGAACACUUUCGGUUUACGCAUUCAUUAUUAUAUUUCCAAUAGCCGUUUUAGCCGGUUUGCUAUUUCUAAUCAGGAGUUCCAACAAAGCUACAGAAUGGUACGAAGGAGACGAACGUUUGGAUGGAAAAACCGUGUUAAUAACAGGUGGAAGCUCCGGUUUAGGUCGAGCUCUUUCUGUGGAACUAGCGAAGAGAGGAGCUAGAGUUAUUGUGGCAUGUAGAACUAAAGCGCGUAAAGAUUCCACAGCUUUCUUUCUAAGAAGCAGAACAGGAAGCUUUAACGUUCGAGUUAUGUACUUAGACAUGUCAAGUUUAGAUUCCGUCUGGGAAUUUGCUAAAGAACUAUCUGACACCGAAGAGAGAUUAGAUCUGAUUGUCAAUAACGCUGGUCGUUUAUGUCCUAGAGCAUGGACCGCCGACGGUUACGACUUGAUGAUGGGAGUCAAUUACUUGAGUCACUUCUACUUGUUCAACUUACUACUAGAAAAAUUGAGGGAGACCGCACUCGAUAGUCCAGUUCGUAUAAUUAAUAUACUAUGCGGAAGCUUUCGUUCUGGUAAAAUUGCAAAUAUCGACGAUAUGGAAUGUAAAAGUGGUCCUUACGACAUGAGACAGAUCUAUAAGAACAGCAAACUCGCAUUGCAUCUCUUUAACAAAGAAAUUUCUCAAAGAUAUCGUAAUCAAAAUAUCGUAUCUUUCGGAGUCGAUCCCGGUCCGGUUGCUAGUGGUUUACACAAGAAUUUACCAGGUGUUAUUGGUAAAUUGUGGAGAGGAGCGGCUCAGGUGCUCUUCCGCACCACCGAAGAGGGCAUCCAAACGAUGUUGUAUACCAUUUUAUCAAAGGAUAUCGAAUGUUUCACGGGAAAAAUAUUCCGUGAUUGUCGUUUCCAAGAUGUUCGAAACUCUGAAUGGACUGAUAAAGUCAUAACUUCUCUUUGGGAUAAAUCAGUGGAGGCCAUCGAAAGCAAAGGAUUGAGCUUCAGUUUGAAAGACGAAGACGAAGAAUAAUUCUACAAUUUUUCUUUUUUUAAAUUGUUUUCUAUCGAUGCCAGUUUUUAACUCAAUCGGCUUCUUAGAAUUGCGUCGGAAGAGUAAUUUUUGUGGCCGUUUAUGUGACUGUCCGUGGUUAACAUUAACAAAACAGAA